ACAUUAUUAGGAAGAAAUUUCUCAUUAAAUAGAUACAAAUAAAAAUAGAUUUUUGCUUCAAAUUGGUGUGAUUUUUUAUAAGGUCACAUUGUUUUCUACUUAAUCGAUGUUUUCAAUAUUUGUUCGUGACAAUUCGGUUUACAUACAUCGUAGUAUCUUAUAUGUUUUUUAGAAUAUUAGAUUCCGGGUUUUUACUUUGAAAAUUCUCAAAAAUAAUUCCUACAAUUUUCUGUAUGAACAGUGAAUUGUUAUAUCUUAUUAUUAUAAACAACUUUCGUAAAAAUUAGCUCGCCAGUUUUAUAAUCCCUGUCUUUUGACAUCUGUCAAGUUAGGAGGGCGUAUUCGUAUUCAUUGCCAAGGAAUUUUCUUCGACGUUCAAUUCGGUGAAAUUGUUCGCAAAAUCGGACUUUUUGUACUUGAAGUGCCUUGUUCAGAAUUUUAAGUGCUAAAUACAUAUUCCAAGUAAUAUUUUAAUUUCCAGACAAAUAACGGAGGUUCUGGUGGUAUUCGACCAAAUUCAGCCUCGACGCAACCAUUUGGCGGCGGGGGAGGCGGUUUAAAUAGUAAAGGGUGCGGAGGCGGUCCAAUGGCCACCCAGCACCAAACUGCCGGUGUUUACCGCGGCCAAUGGAGCAGUGUCGGUGCUGGUCACCAACAUCAACAUCCAGCCGCCGCUCCUACUGGACACACGUAUUAUCAAAGGUACACAGCAGUACAACCGGCGCAAGUACAGGCUCAGCUCCAAUCGCCGGCACAAAAUUCCUACACGCCUAGUAGUACUACCAACACUAGCAAUUACAACAAUUCAAAUUCUUACACAAAUCAAAGAGUGCCAACUGCGACCUCUCCAUCAAAUGCCAGUAGCUCCAGUAGUCAUACAGGUAGCCAAAGCGGCAACGUGUCCACAUCUCUUAGCAACAAUAUGCCCAACAAUACCAAUUCGUCAUCUAACAACUCCUCGUCUGGAUCUGAGCAGCUUUCGAAGACUAAUCUUUACAUCAGGGGCCUAAAUCCCGGAACUACUGACAAAGAUUUAGUUAAUAUGUGUCAACAAUUUGGCACAAUCAUAUCCACCAAAGCGAUUUUAGAUAAAAAUACUAACAAAUGUAAAGGUUAUGGUUUCGUAGAUUUUGAGAGUCCUGCCGCAGCCGAAGGCGCAGUGAAAGCUCUUACUGCUAAAAACAUUCAGGCUCAAAUGGCGAAAGUGGGUAUUUGGUAUCAACACCGUAGAAAAGCCACUCAACAGGAGCAAGAUCCCACAAAUUUGUACAUAGCUAACUUGCCGCCGAAUUUUAAGGAAUCGGAUUUGGACCAAAUGUUAUCCAAAUGUGGACAAGUGAUAUCAACUCGCAUACUUCGGGAUGCUUCAGGAAUAUCUAAGGGAGUUGGUUUUGCUAGGAUGGAAAGCAAAGAGAAGUGUGAAUAUAUAAUACAAAACUUCAAUGGUAAAAUUCUUACUGGUAGCAAGGAGGCACUCUUGGUUAAAUUCGCAGAUGGGGGUAACAAAAAGAAGAAUAUGUAUAAGAAUAAUGAUACUAAAAUUUGGCGUGACGGAUCUGAAAGUUUAACUGCUGUACCAUAUGAUCCAUCAACACUCGCGCAAAAUGGAGUAGCAGGACAGCAUUUGAUGCCAGCUUUGGCGAACUACAGGCAUUACAAUCAGUUUAUUGAUCUACAGUAUCCUUCAUAUACUGGACAAUGGCCUGUUCAAUAUUUGAUGGCACCACCGGUGCAAGCAAUAGACGAAACCUACAAUUUGUCAGGGCAUAUGGCAGCUCAAUAUAAAAACGACGGGCAACACCCACGAGGAAUUCCUCUUAUGAUGCCAUCUACAGAGACGACUGUUCCUUAUGCUAAUAUUAUACCUCAGCUCGCUACGCAAAUGGGAGCAAUGCAAAUUAGUACUGGAUCAUACAUUUCACCACAAUAUCAAUAUUAUCCGUCGACGAUAUUGCACGCUGUUCCUGUCGACUCUGAACACACUUCGAACGCAGCAAGUCCAGAAGAUCCUUAUCAAGCGUACCAAGGGCCCCCCAAGUAAUUUCUGUGUAAUAAUUAUUUUGGACGUAUUAAAAGAUACCCUUUUUAAAAGUUGCCGCAAGCUUUUUUUAAGUUGAAAAAAAUGAUGUCGGCAUUGCAAAUGUCAAAUUUAAAGCUAGCAUAGGUAAUUUAUGAAUUUUAGAGUUUUGGCAGUUUUUAAACUGGUCUGAAAGGUCGGAUUUAGAAACGACGACCAAUUGGUUAUUUUGCUGCUGAACGAUUUGUCUUAUUUUUUUUUUUAUAAAAUAUGAUUACAUGAUACAAAAAAAAGGACUGAACUAUGUGUAAAGUAGAUAUUUUUGAUACAGUAUGUUCCUAGUUUGACAACUAAAAUUGUAUUAAAAAUAUGUCUUCUGAACUUAGUCUGUGUAGGGAAAUGCGCCUGAAUUUACAAGAAAAUGAUGUAGUUGCUUCAACGAUUCACCAAAUAUCACUUAUUAAGUACUUAAUGUACGUUACGCGCAUGACUGAUUUAUUUUUUUUCUACUGAGUCGGUACUUAUUUUUUUACAAUAAUAUAUUAUUUCCUUUAACUCGACUAUAAUAAUAAUUGCGUAAGGAUUGGUACACUAUUGAAAAUGACAUUUUUAUUAUAUUUUCAAAUAAAAUCUAACAUUCUAACAAAGUUACCAGUAGUUGUUCUUGAAAGUGUAAACAAAUAAUCUAAAUAUAUUUUCUUUAAUGUUGAAUUGUUUAUUUGAAAAAGUGUUUUCAAUUUCAUUUUAGUUACCAACAUAUAUAGAAUUUUUAUAGAUUUAUUUAUAUAAUAUAAAAUCAGUUUUAUUUUAUAUGAAAAGAGACCUAAAUCAAGAUAAAUCAUUAUGAAAAGAAUAUUUCAUACAUAGUUGUCUUUUGUUCUAUAUUUUAAUUGGUAAAUAUUUAAAACAGUUUGUUUCUAAUAGUCAUCAAGUUUAUAAUGAUUUUAUGGAUAUUGUAAAUUACUUUACACAUCUUUAUUCUUUACUUAACUGAUAUGUAAUGGCAAAACAUUUAAAAAUAACAUAUCAGUUGUUCACAACUAUAGCCUACAAUAUAGAAGUAAAGGCAUUUAAAAAAAAUUGAGAUCAAAUUUUGCUUGCAGAUUCAGUAGAAUUUUCAAGUUAUUAUCGAAUUGUUUUACAAAGAAGUAGAACUAUCUGGCAGGUAUUCUGUUUCAGAUCCAUUGAAAGCUUAGUACACAACAUAAAGAUUGAAAAAAUGAACGUUUGCAAUUUUAUGUUUGUUACCAAUUAUUUAUUUACUUUGGUAUAAAUGAAAAUUAAGUAUAUACGUCCAUAGUAUAUUUAUAAAUAGACAUAUUUCAACAAGAGUGUUGGAAAUAUCUUAAAUAUUAUAUAUACUAUGAUAUAGUAUGAACUUGUUUUGUUUUUUUCUUAUAUGGAAAAUUUAGUGGUCUUUGAGGCAGUGCUUCGUAGCAUAUUUUAGAAUUAACAUCAAUUGUAUAUAUUGUUUCGUAAAUGGAGUAUUUUCUUGCGCAGAUCCAAUUUUCCAAAAUGUAGGUGAAAACUAGAAUAGUAAUUACAUAGUUUUAAACAUGUAAAAAGUAAUAUUGAAAGAAAGAAAAACGACUUUUCUACACAAACAGCAGUAAAAUGGUGUUUUGAUCUUCCCAAGCCAAAUAAAUGGCAUAGAAUAGGUAAAAUUAGUAUUUUAUUUUUUGAUGAAGAUCUACAUAGGCAUAUAGGUAGUUGUUUAAAACACUACGCAACAUUUUGCGAUAAAACUGCUCAUAUAAUCAAAUAAUUUCUUCCUAAAUCAACAUCUAUAAAUUUUACUUCCAAGAUAGACUUUUGUCGUUACAGAUAAUUUAAUUUAUACAACUUCAAAUUUUAUUUAUUUCUAAAUUUCGCCGUUAUCGUACAUAUUUUAAAAGAAAUAUGGGUACCGAACAUCAUACCCCAGAAAAAAAUGAUAGUACUUAGUAUAAAAUGAGAAAUGGAAGAUAGUAUAUCACGAAUAUGUAACAUUAAUAUCAUUUCUAUUCAAAUAAUAUAUUGUUAUCAAUUUUAUUAAAUAAUUAAGUUUCCAUGAUUUGAUGGAAUUUCCAUAUUCUCCUACACUGCAUAGAACAAUAAUGUUCCUUCAGUGAUAUAAUUUUAAUUAACAUUAAUCAUUAACACAGUACAAGAAGAAAAAACUAAAGUUGUUAAUGUCGUCUUAAAAUUUUCAAAUUAAUUUCAACUGUAUCUUAAACCAGCGGUUUUUAGUAACGGAACCUUUUUGGAAAGUGAAAUACUUCACCAUCAAUAAUCAUAAUAUGAAUAGGUACAAUGUAAAAAAGGUAAAGAAUUUAAUGAGAGGUAUAAAACUGUUUCUUGUUUUUCAUCAAUUGGUUGAUGCCAGGUUUGAUGGGAGAUAGUUGAAAUCUUAUGUCAGAUUCGACGUCCAGUCUAUUGCGGUAUUUUGUUUUCGUAGCUGCAUAGGUUGAAAAUCCUGUUUCGCACAAUAUGUUGUUGGGAACAGGAGAAGAGCAUUCAGAGCCAUUUUGGCAAGCAUAGGAUAUUCAUCACCGAUUCUGACCCAAAAAUCGUUGAGAGGCGUCGUUUUGAAUAAAACUCCAUACUUGUGUCAGAUGACAUUUCCAAAUACCACUCAUAUAUCAUUUGACAUACUUUCGGGCUUUCGCACCUUGGGUGAAAAAGGGGUUUUGAAUCCAUGAAUUCUUUUUCAUUUUUGUAUUCUGUUCCUCGAGAAAAUACAUCCAAAAAAUGCGCGCAUUGCAGUUAGAUACUGGACGAAUUCUUCAAAUAUAUCAUCUUGAAACAUUUCUGAGUUGCUAUCGCUAACAAGCGCAUUGAGUGACUUAAAGCUUUCUAUUUCUUUCUUUCCAAGGCAAAUAAUCCAAAAAUCAAUUUUUUUAAGGCAGUAAUUUAGUUACAGUCCUGGAACACUGUUGUCUCUUCUCAUCGUAAUGAUAAAUUCAAUCCGUUCAGAGUUUGAAAGAUAUCCGCCAUAAAAGACAAUUUUAUCAUACAAACGUUCUUUCAAAUUAAAAUAAAUUUUGCUGCUAUAAUCUUCACACAAAAAUAAGAACAAUUGGGAUUGCGGUGGUCGUGAUUUGUUGAAAUUGAUUAUUUUCAUCGCUUCAUCGAGAGCAUUCUUCGUCGCAAGUUACUGUCUAUGCAGGAUACAAACGGAACGGAUCGACUCCACUAAAUGAUUUACUAAUUUACUCGACUAAAUCGCAACAAUCGAAGAAAAAUAUCGAUUGUUGAUAAUCAGAGGUGUUUUCAUUUUUUUUUUAAAUCUCUCGGAGCUCCCACAGAGGCUUCCAGGAACCCGGGUUCCGCGAAGCGCACUGUGUAUGACUGUCUUAAGCCAAUGGAUUAACAAUAUUAAUGAGAUAAAAUUCUCACAUCAAUAUUAUCGGCUGGAUGAUCAAUAGGCUUCUAGAUGAUCGAUUUUAGAGCACAAAACUACAAGUUAUUGUAGCAAUAGGAAUUAAUAAUGUAAUACAUUUUUUUGAUGUAAGAGUAGCAUAUUUGUGGAAAAGGGUUAAUGACAGAUUAAUUUGUUGAAUAAGUAUAAUAAAACAACUUCUAGAUGCCCAAUACGUUGGUACUGAUUAUUUAAAUUUUCAAACAAAUUGACGGCAUAUCUGUUUGAGUGGACUCUCCAAUAUUCUGGUACAACUUAGAGCAGUAUAUUGGUAAAAAAGAAUUAACGCUAAGUUAGUGUGAUGAAUAUGCAUAUUAAAGAGACUCUGAUAUGCCAAAUACAUGGGUUAUUAAUAAUUCACGAUAUUCUCAAACACAUUGAUGGCAUGUUUAUUAGGACCUUAAAUUUUUUAUCGGCUACAAACUGUAGUUUGAACAACUUUUUUAAUUCGAAUGGAAUGUAGAGCGCGAUUAUUUAAAAGUAAUUGAGAAGAAUCUGAAAUUUAUCCAUUAUUUUUAUUACUUCUUAUUUAUUACUAUAACAAUUGAUAAUCAAUGAGCGAUAUCCUUUUUUUUAAUUCUAUAAUAUUAUCUUUGCAGUUUUUGUGUUGAAAGAAAGACUGCCAUAUAACUGUUAAUACAUUGUUGACACGCAAAAAAAUGCAAAGUGAAACAUUUUGUAGAAUUUUCAGUAUUUUAAUAAUAACAUCAGUAUUUUAACUAUAACAAAAUAAUGCACAAUAUUUUACCAUUUAUAAAAAUUUACUUAUUUUAAUUACGUACGAUAAUGGUGGAACCAUAUCAAUUUUCAAUAGAAAUUGACAUGAUCUCAAUUAAGUGUAUGAAAUUCAUUUGAUGUAAAAAAAUUUAAUCUGAUAUCAAAUUGUUUUAUGAGAUAUGUCAAAAUCAGUUUUUAUAAAAAAACCUGAAUUGUUUGUUGUGACAUUCCAAUGUCUUAGAUUUGUUGAUAAUAUUCACUAUUUAUUCAGAAAGUUUUCUUUUUUUCGUUUUAAAACGUGUCCCUACUUUUGUACAGUUACGUUAUAGAUAAAGUAUGUAUAGUGCAAUUUUUUUUUGUUUUAUUUUAUUAGAUUUAUUUAUGAUUGAAAAAUAAUAUAUAUUAAAUUGGGAUUCUUUUAAAAUGGACUGACUGUAUUAUUUAUUUACAACAAAUCCAGUAGAUGAACUUGGAGACGCGAAGCUGUGAUUUUUCUAUUUUUUUUUUCAGUUCUAUGUGUAUAGUUGAACGUAAGGGCGAGAAAAUAAAUCCGGUUUAUUUACUGGAAACAUAUAUUUUGAUUAUUUCAUAAUGAUGAGACAUAGCCUUUGAUAAAAAUGUUGGUCGGUAUCUGACAUACUUACUGGUUUAGGUUAUAUCACUAAAAUGAUUGGAUUUAUAUUAUUUCACAAGGUGUCCCAGAAGGACAGUGAAGGCAUAUGAAAUGAGGUAUUAUUUUAGAUAUGUUCAGUGAAAAACUAGAGUUUCAAUAUUUUUUACAUUUUUGUUUAGAGAAUUUCUUAAUUUGGUAGUAUGACUUUAUGCAAUGUUUUUUUCUGCUUCCAUUAUUGUUCUUGUUAAUCUAUAUAUCUUGAUUCUUCCAGUAUGCUUAUAUUCAGAUGUUUAUUUAUAUAAUUGAUUCUUGUUUUGUUUCUUUCCUAAUGUCAAUAACUAAUGGUUAAAAAUAUGGGAGCAGAAUUUAUCACUAACCUUUCUGUUUUUUCUCAAUUAUUAUAUCUGAUCAUGCUUUGUAAUUUGAUUGCUGCUUUUUAACGUAAUAAUCUAUAAGCAAAUCAACAAAAAAUAUCUACUCCCAAAAAUAAGUCUGUAAUUUAAAUCAGUAAGUAAAACUGUUCGUCAGGCAAUUGAUGCAUAGAACUUCACUUGAAAGAUAUUGUGCCUUUUCAGAUAGUCCACAGGGGAUAUACUGAAAAAUAUUUUAUAUAUUUUUUUAACUCGGUGUAUUCUUGAAAAAACCGAUAACUAAAUUUUACCUUAUAGUUGUUUAUGUGUUGUAGACGAUUUGUGAAUGUUCUUUUUUGGUUUCCUUUUUUGAAAUGGAGGUCAGGGUAGAAUAAAAAAGGCACAUUAUAACAACUGCUAUUGCAGAGUGUCUUUGCACCCUCCAUCCAAGUUUUGUAUGUUUAUAGUGAACAAGUUCUAGAGACUAUGCGCUCUUGUUUACAAAGAGCAAAAAUAAAGUAAACUCAGCUUUGUUUUGUAUAAAAUAUGUAGAAAUUGACAACACUGGUAAUAUUCUAAACAGAAUAUAAUGUUGAUAGAGGUUAAUUGUCCUAUAGAAUAUAAUAUACAAUUUAAUGAUAGGUCUUUCUUUAUUUGAAACAGUUUUUAACUUCUUGAACAAAUUUUCUGUUGUUUCACUUUGUCAAUUUAGAAAAAAGGGGAAUGAAUUCAGAGAUAGAUAGGACAUUGUGAUCUGAAGUUAUAGUCCUCUGUCCCUCCUUAAUGACAAUACAAUUACUUCAAAGAUUUUCUUUUUAAUUCACUUGAGGAUGGUAUGUUUAAUACUAUUCUAUUUUAUCAAAUUUUUUAUUAUAACAUUCUCGCAUAAUCAUAUUGUUUUCAAUCAAAAAAUUAUAUAUUUUUAUACCUAAACUUUCAUUGCGAAUUUAUAUAAAACUAUGAAUUUUUACUUUUCAUUGUCAAAAAGUUUUUGGGGAGUUACUCAAAGGCAAUAUUUUAAUUGAACGUUUCUAUCUGAUUUUAUAGUAAUUUAAAAUCAAUGUUUUAUCUAUUAUAUAAAACAAAGUUGAGUGCAACAGCUGAAGCCAAAUAUUGCAUUGAAGUAUUGACAUUAUUUGUGAAGGUUUUAUACAGCAUAACUGAUAAAAAAUCAGUUUUAUUUUCAUAUACACGAUAUGAUAACGUAUUUCGAUGAUAUGAGGUUAUUUUUAGACCAUAAUAAUCGAAAAAUCGAUCAGCGACUACCUAUUUAUUAAAGUCAUAAAGUUGGUUCUCAAGGGUAAGAACUACUGAAAAAAGUGAUUGGUAGAAAAUAACGUUUGCAUUUUUGAAUCCUAUUGAAUAUUUGUAACAAAUUGAGACGAGUCAUCGUUUUUAUAGAUUUAAAAAGUAUUACUUGAUACUUUGGCCCAGUUUAUAUUGUUUUAUUUUUACUAUACUUUGUAGUGAUAUUAAUUAGUAACAAAUUUGAAAUUACUAAUUAAUAAUCUGAAUGUUCAAUUUAGAAUACAUUAAUAAAUGAUUUGAAUAAUUCAGCCUAUAAGUACCAAUGUCAUUUUUUUGUAAUUGAAUAAAUAUGAAUAAUAAAAUGAGAAUAUUCAAAUGCAAUUGAUUAUUUAUAUCCAAUUAAAAUAUGGAGUCUGUGGGAACUAACUUCCCAUUUGUAUAAAGUAUGCUAGAAAGCAUUUAGAUAAGUUAGCUUGUAGACUUAGAUUUAUAGGUUUAACAUUUAGGUAAGUUUAAAAUUAAGAAAAAUUAGUUAGGUUUAGUGUAGUAAAACAAAAAAAAAUAAUUAAGGCCUUUUUCAGGUGGAAUAUUAGAUCAGUUUUUAGUUAGUGUUUAUAUUAUAUAGAUAUAUUUAAAUAAGCUGAGAGUAUGGUCAUAUUUCAAAACAAUAUCUGUUUUUUAUUUUUUUAUUUGUUUUUGAGACAUGACCGAAUUUCAGUUGGUGUUUUUAGUCAUGAAGGUGCGCUGCCUAAUAUUUCACCAGAAAAUAAAGAAAAGCAAAAAAAUGGUAUAACUAAAUGUUUUUUAUUGUUAUAAGUUUAAAGUGUAUGUUUUUUGUUUUCUUUUUCUUUUUGUAUUGUAAGACUUUGUGUUGGUAAAUAUAAUGUAUUUGUCCAAAAA